AUGUAUAAUAAUGAUGAUGAUUUCAGCAACUUCGAAGAUGAAAUAUAUGAUUCUAAUUAAUUAAAUCCAUUACAUUCCCUGUUUUAUUAGUCGGCAUGUGUAUAGUCUGAUGAAAAGAGAGUACAAAAUCUAAAUACAAGAGAAAAAAAUACUAUUUAAUAAAUAUCAAGUGAACUCUCUAAUCCUCCUAUUUAAACACAAAUAAACCAGUAUAUACCUUAAGGUGAGGAACAAGAUAAUUUCUAAGAAGAAAAGAAUGAGACAUAAAAAUAAAAGCUUAAAGUAAUUGCUGAUACAAUGAUUCCAGGAGAAAGUAAGAAUUUAUCUAAAUGCUAUGCAAGAUACCUAUAACAAUUUAUAAUCGAGGUUUGUGAAAAUACAGUAGACCCUAAAUUGAAAGAAUUGAGACAUGAAAAAGAUAUUUAAAAGUUUUUAUCAAAUAAGGCAGAAAACUUAACAAAUUUUGAUUUAUCCUAAUUCAUAGAGAGUGAAAAUGGAAGAAUCUUUGCUAAGGAGUAUUUUGGCAAUUGCCUUUGGAAACAAGGUGUUGUCAAAGAAUCAAAGACUAGUGUCCCCGUGCUUUACAGACACAAUAUUGAAUAAUUUUCUAAAGCUAUCAAAGCCAAAAAGAUAAAAGAAUGA